AUGCCGGGAAUGCCUGGGAUGCCUGGGAUGCCUGGGAUACUUGGGAUACCUGGAAUGUCUGGAAUUCCCGGUAUUAAAGAAUCAAAAUUUAUACCAUCGUUAUUUUUCUUUGUAGCAACUUCAACUUUGAGCGAUUUAGAAGGUAAUCUUGGAGGUUUAGUAAGGAGACUAAGCGUCUUGGGGGGAGGACUGGGCAAUCCUGGAAUUCCUGGGAUGCCUGGAAUUAGGGGUGGGAUUCCAGGAAUGCCUGGGAUUAGGGGUGGGGUGCUUGGGGGUGAGAUGCCUGGAAUACCUGGAAUGCCUGGAACUAGGGGUGGGGUGCUUGGGGGUGAUAUGCCUGGGAUGCCUGGAAUAAGGCCUGGGAUGCCUGGAAUAGGUGGGAGUGGAAUUCCAGGAAUGCCUGGGAUACCUGGAACUAAGGGUGGGGUGCUUGGAGGUGAGAUGCCUGGGAUGCCUGGAAUUAGACCGGGGAUGCCUGGAAUUGGUGGGAGUGGGAUUCCAGGGACGCCUGGGACACCUGGAACUAAGGGUGGGGUGCUUGGAGGUGAGAUGCCUGGGAUGCCUGGAAUUGGUGGGAGUGGGAUUCCAGGGAUGCCUGGAACCCCUGGUAUUAAGGAAUUAAAACUUGUACCGUCAUUAUUUUUCUUUGUAGCAACUUCAUCUGCAAAAAUAUAA